AAAUAUAAAAGACAUGUUUGAAAGAAAGAAAAAAUAAAUAAAUACUAAACCCGUAGACGAUUAUGAAUUGAAGUGUCAAAGAAAUAUCAACAUAAUGAAAAUGUAAUCUGAGAGGGCGCGGCGAGUGACUCCAAAAGUAAGGAUAACACAAUUGAAUUGAUAAGAGGUUAUCAUUCAUUUCUUCGUCCACACACACACACACAGAGAGAUAACAUAACAAAUCCUCUUUUCUCUCUUCACUCCCAAAUUCCCACUCAAUUUCUUUCUUCUUCUUCUUCUUCUUUAACCAUGGCAAUUUCAAUUUCUUCAUCAUCUACUUCCUCCAAACUUAAACUAACCCCCUCUCACUCACCAAACUCCCACACUUUCAUCGCUGCUUCCGCUUCCACCCGUUCCACCACAAACCCCCCCAAACUAACCCUAACUCGUCUCACUUCAUCAUUCCUCAACCCAUCCACAAUCCUCCACUUAACUCCCACUUCCCAUUACUCAAACCACCAACGUCGUUUCACCGUUCGUGCCGCACGUGGCAAAUUCGAGCGCAAAAAACCUCAUCUGAACAUCGGUACAAUUGGUCACGUCGACCAUGGUAAAACCACUUUAACUGCUGCUCUUACUAUGGCUCUUGCUUCUCUAGGUAACAGCGCCCCUAAAAAAUACGAUGAAAUUGACGCUGCUCCUGAAGAGCGUGCUCGUGGUAUUACUAUUAAUACUGCUACUGUUGAAUAUGAAACCGAAACUCGUCACUAUGCUCAUGUUGAUUGCCCUGGUCACGCUGAUUAUGUUAAGAAUAUGAUCACCGGUGCUGCUCAAAUGGACGGCGCUAUCCUCGUUGUCUCCGGUGCUGAUGGUCCCAUGCCUCAAACCAAAGAACACAUCCUUCUCGCCAAACAGGUCGGUGUUCCGAGUGUGGUUGUGUUUUUGAACAAGCAGGACCAAGUGGAUGAUGAGGAGCUUCUUGAACUUGUGGACCUUGAAGUUCGGGAGCUUCUCUCAUCUUAUGAGUUUCCUGGUGAUGACAUUCCGAUUGUUUCUGGUUCCGCGCUCUUGGCUUUAGAAGCAUUGAUGGCAAAUCCUACACUUAAACGUGGCGAUAACAAGUGGGUGGAUAAGAUUUACCAGCUCAUGGACGAAGUUGACAAAUACAUACCAAUUCCUCAACGUCAAACGGAUCUCCCCUUUUUGCUUGCCGUUGAGGAUGUGUUUUCAAUCACCGGUCGUGGAACAGUUGCCACCGGGAGAAUCGAAAGAGGGACCGUUAAAGUUGGUGAUGUAGUUGACCUUGUUGGUUUGAGGAACACAAGGAGCACAACAGUGACAGGAGUGGAAAUGUUCCAAAAGAUUUUGGAUGAUGCUAUGGCCGGCGACAACGUGGGGUUGUUGCUGAGAGGUGUUCAGAAGGAUGAUAUUGAGAGAGGAAUGGUUUUGGCUAAGCCUGGAACUAUUACUCCCCACUCUAAGUUUAGUGCUAUUGUGUAUGUUUUAAAGAAGGAAGAAGGUGGAAGACACUCACCUUUCUUUGCUGGUUAUAGGCCUCAGUUUUAUAUGAGAACUACCGAUGUUACCGGAAAAGUUACGUCUAUUAUGAAUGAUAAAGAUGAGGAGUCAAAGAUGGUGAUGCCUGGUGAUCGUGUUAAGAUGGUGGUUGAGCUAAUUGUUCCCGUGGCUAUUGAACAAGGAAUGAGGUUUGCUAUUAGAGAAGGAGGGAAGACUGUUGGAGCUGGUGUUAUCGGAGCUAUCAUUGUUUGAAUGAAGAUUUCUAUCCGGCUGCUGUAGCAUUGCUCUUUAAAUGGGGUUUCUUUAUUUAUUUAUUUUUAAUGCAAUCAAUUAAUUGACUUUUGCCUUCUCAUACAACUUGUCUGCGGUAAUUUAUAGGGUUAAAUUUAACUUCGGGAUGAUCUUUAGUCAAAUUGGAUUGGAUACUAUUUUUCCAUCAGAAUGUUUUGUUGUUUGUUGUUGUUAAUUGCUUAUACCUGUUUUGUCUCUUA